GGGAUAACACUCCCCACAGAGCGCACCUCCUCCCGUACAACUCACCCCAUCCCGCAGAGAGGCUCCGGCCCCUUUAAAACCGCAGGAGACCCCUCCCUCUGGCCCUCCUCUCCUCCGCCUGCCUUCCCGCCGAGGGGACCCCGAGCGCACCAAUCGGCGGCGGCGACGCAGCUGGGGCUGCUGGCGGCCAAUCGGCGGCUCGCUUAAUGAGCGGGAGGGCAAGGACGCAAGAUGGAGGGAGCGGAGGGGGCUGUGGAGCUGGGAGUGCCGGCUGCUUUUGUGGCUUCCCUGCAGCCUGAGGCAGCUGCUACUGUAGUGCUGCCGGAGCGGCUCCAGCGGCGGGAAGCGCAGCGCCAAGAAGGCGUAGAGCGGCAGCGGCAGAAAAAAGAGGCGCAAGUAGUGAAGGAGGAACAGAGUGAGUUCUUUGUCGCAGCUUUCGCCCAGGAGCGAAAGGCAGUGGAGGAGCUUAUUGCGGCGGGGCAGCUGGAGGAGGCGACCGCCCGCCUGCAGGGGCUGCAGAAGCUGCUGACCGAGAGCGUGCGAUUCCUACCGCCCUACGAGGUGCGGCAGGGGCAGGAGGCCGUGGCGCGGCUCCAGGCGGACCUGACGGUCCGGCGCCAGCAGCUGCAGCCCAAGAAGAAAUUUGCCUUUCGAGCUCUUAAGAAAGAAGCGGCUCCGGGCAGAGAAUCGCGUCCCGCGGAGCCCGCCUGGCCUGUAGUUGCCACGCAGGCCCCCGACCACGGCGCCGCCGAGGGGGAGCAGAGCGGGCCGCCGCUGUGCGGGUUCAGCGGCGUCGAGGACGAGGAGCUGGAGCUUGGUCCGCCUGAGCUGCUGCAGCGCGAUGUGGUGCUCUCCGAGCUGCGCGGCUGCCGGGUGCGGCUCCGCGGCAAUGCCAACACGCUGCGGGUGCGGGACUGCCGGAGCUGCACUGUGCUCUGCGGGCCCGUUUCGACCUCGGUGCUGGUGGAUGGCUGCAGCGACUGCGUCCUGGUGCUGGCCUGCCAGCAGCUCCGCACCCAUCGCACCCGCGACAGUCGGUUCUACGUGCAGGUGACCAGCCGAGCCGUAAUCGAGGACUGCACUAAGGUCUCCUUCGCCCCCUACACCUGGAGCUACCCUGGUAUCGAGGGAGAUUUCGAGUCUUCAGGGCUGGACAGAAACAGAAACAACUGGAAUCUCGUGGAUGACUUUGACUGGCUGGCGACUGACCAACCUUCGCCCAACUGGAGCCUGAUCCCCGAGCAGGAGAGAAUCAGUUGCUGGGACUAGACUGGAGAGGCAGCUCGGUGCUGAACAAGAAACUGGUGUAAAGACACUGAUUCGUAAAGUGUGGGACUUAAUUCCCAAAAUGCCAUUAAAUGAUUACAUUCGUCAUUUAAAUCGUGAAUUGGAAUUUACGGCUAGUUAGGUUUGUUGGGUUUUUUUUCCCAUUAAAUACCCAUCAAAUACAGUUUACUGUCCUUUCACAAGUUGCUGCUAUCAUCUUUGUGUGACACUGUGGAACUUACCAGUUGGUGAGGUUUUUCUAAUUAAGGUGGGGCAAGGGGCAUGGAUUUACAAACAGCAGUGAGCAUCUGUUCCAGCUGUUGUGCUACUUUUGCUCCCCCAGGUAGACGCUGAGUUAGCUGCAAGGUCAAAUACCACGUUUUUCAUAUUUUGUGGUUCUCGAGUUGCAGGUAACAACACACUGUGUCUUAUGGGAAGUGUGGGAGAGGACAGAAGGUUUAAUGAACGUGUAACUGCACAGUGUAGCAGACUGAGAUGAAUCUUAGGCCAUGAUAUAUUUACGAGCCAGGUUCUUUUAAUGUGGGAGAAAUCUUGUUUUCUCAGGCUUUUAUUUCAAGUGAGAUAAGCCUAAAGGAAAAAAGUCACCUAAUAAAUGUUUAAUAAUAUACAUUAAUAAAUGAUUGUUUAACAAACUUAUAGAAGCUAUAUAAAUACUAAAUGUUUACAGUUUCAAAAUAAUGGAAGAAGGAUCCUCUCACAUAGUAACAGUUUUCACCAGAAAGUAAAGUGAGUGCUUUGAGUGUACUUUUGGGGCCAUACAGUAAGUGCUAAUUAGCAUUACAGAAGCUAGGUAAAUUGCUCUGCUGCAGUCUGAAACGGGGAGAGAUGUUGAAGUAUAUCAUACCAGCUGUUCCAUCUGUCUGCUAGACAGUAGGCUUUAUAGUGGUGUGAUACUAAUUUACAGCACUGCUACUGCCUGAGUGCAGUGCUGGCAGAGGGAGUUAAUAGGAAUAUGCGGUGCUAUAUUCCAGUUCCAAAGCUGUGUGUUACCUUGCAUAAAGUGCACUGUAACUUAGUCCCUUCGUUUUUUUCACUCCUGCUAAAUGAAAUAACUCAUAGUAGUAGCUUUCCUGAAUAUGGUAUGUUCAUGAUGCCUUAUUAGUGGUAGGGAGGUGACUGCCACCUAUACAUAAAGUAUACAUAGUAGUUCUAGGUUUCCAGAACCAUUCCUUGACUUGUGACAUUUUGCAAGUAAUCAUUAUCCAGCCGAAGAAUCGCCAUAGAGUUUUAUUUUUAACCUGCCAACUUUAUGCUGUCCUAUCUUCAUAUGUGUUUCUAACAGAAAAUUAAUACUAGCUGAACCAUCAUAAUUGUUUCUUUGCUAUAAGAAGUGCUUGAAACUUUGAGUACUUGACUGGUUUUGAGCACAUAAACUUUAAGUUAUUGUCAGAAUAUUUAAAAAGGGAGGGAAAAAAAACAUAGUGUAGGGUUUUUUUUAUUCUUUACAACUUGAAUGUUCAUUUCCUCCUGAUACAUACAUUGUUGUAUUUCGAAUAUAUUUGUUUUGAAUUGUUUCAGUUGCCUCUGUACAGGUUCUUUGCAUUGACAGCAUCAUAAUUUAAUAAAGAAAAACUUAGCCUUC